ACUAACUAGUUAGUUAUCAUUGUAACUACCGAUAGAUGAAUCAUAAAACUAUCUCUAUUAUACUCAACUAAGAAAAGAGCUAUCGGCACUAUUGAAUUACUGAAAAUGAAGCUGGCCUUCAAUGUUCAGUUCAGGCUUCAGCCCAUCAUAAAUUCAUAAUGUAACCGCUCCUAGUACCUUUGUUGAACCUAAACCCAGCAAUUUAUAGUACCGCUGGUAGUAUUGCCAUGGAUUUCCUUCGUGGCUUGCUACCCGCGAGUUGGCUAUCAAUGCUUUGUUAUGGUUCGAGGGUCCGAUCGGUUGGUUCGAGCAUAAACUCGAGCAGAAACUUCGGUUUCCUUCUUCGACGAACCUUCGAAUCUUCUCUGCUCGCGCCAGCCCCCAAUCCACCCCCUGCUCUACGCUGGUGUUUCAUCCAUCUGCACCAGAUCUCCAGUGCAGAAUGCUCUUGAGUGGCCUUGACCCUUCAAUCAUACUUUGAUAUAUUGGGCGGGGGCGCAACCUCUGUUCCAGCUUCCAACUCAGCUUGAACAAUGCAAAUCAGACCUUCAAUGCGUUCGACCCUCAAAUCUUGCCGACCAGCCACCCUCCGAUAAAAUCCUAAUGUCGUAAAUUAAUACGCUCCAUACGCAUGGUUUCUCCUGCCAUGCUGCCAGGCUGACGCCGUCGAUUUAACUGGUGCAAUUCACCGGUCGCAUCCAAUGCCCAUGCCUCCUCAUCGAAUCUGACCAGUCGCCUGAAAGUCCUGCCGGUCGGUCGCCCGCCGCUCC